AUGUCAAACUCCUCUCCGUCCUCCGCGUCGGCCAUUGUCGCCAAGGCUGCGUCCGGGUGGCACGACCUCAAGAUCGAGGGGCACUCCCUGACGAAGGGGCUCGGUAUCGGCGAGUUCAUCAGAUCGGAGACCUUUGUCAUCGCAGGCCAUCGCUGGCGUAUCAGAUAUUACCCCAACGGCGCGGCUUCGGACGACGCCGACUGGAUUGCUGUCUAUGUGCAUCGCGAGAACAACACCGACGGCAAGUACAUCAUGGUGAAACUCCACAUCAAUAUACUUGACCACGACGGAGAACCGGUGCAUGCUCUCGGCAAGAGAAGCAAUCGGUUUGAUAGAUGCGGUCCCCAAGAUGCAGUAGGAUUUGACAGACUCGCCAAAAGGAGGGAUUUGGAGGAAUCGAGGUAUCUCAAGGACGAUUGUUUCAGCAUCAGGAGUCACCUCACCGUCAGGAAUGAGAUCCUAACCAAGCCCAAUAGGAGGCACGCGUUCGCCCCUGCGUCCAACUUGCACCGGCACCUGCUCGACCUCCUCACGAGCCAACAGGGACAUGACAUAUCUUUCAAGGUGGGUGGUGAAACGUUCCCCGCGCAUAGGUACAUCGUCGCUGCUCGGUCCCCGGUCUUCAUGGCGGAGCUCUUGGGUCCUAUGAAAGAGAAGGCGGCAGCCUGCAUACGGAUUGAUGGCAUGGAAGCCAAAGUCUUCAAGGCGAUGCUUCACUUCAUCUACGCUGACUCAUUGCCUAAGAUUGACGAGGACGAAAAUGUAGAGAUGGCACAGCAUCUACUUGUCGCCGCGGAUAGGUAUAACCUCGAGAGGCUCAAGUUGAUGUGCGAAGAGACAUUGUGCAAGUCCAUCAGCAAAGACACGGCGGCAACUACAUUGGCGUUGGCUGAACAGCAUGGCUGUGAUGGUCUCAAGAAGUCAUGCUUCGAGUUCCUUGCUUCUGUUGACAACCUCAAGGCAGUCAUGGCAAGUGAUGGCUUUGCACAUCUGAAGAGCAGCUGCCCCUCCAUCCUAGAGGUGCUGGUCACCAAUCUAGCUCGCUGA